AUGAGAACAAGUUCAAUACAAAAGAUGUUAAUAUUACUGGUUUAUUAUGGUUUCUUGUUUCUGAAUUAUGUUAAUAGAAAUGUUGUCGCUAUUGAAUGCUUAGCUUCUGAUCAAGAAGCUCUUCUAGACUUCAAAAAUGGGCUUCAGUAUUCUCACAACCGCCUUUCUUCAUGGAGAAACACCAACUGUUGUCAAUGGCAAGGAAUACGCUGUGACAACGUCACAGGGAACAAUGAAAAUCUCAAAGCAAGCUGUUCUCAACUCUUGAUGAAAGGAUGGGAAAGGAUACAAGUACUUGAUUUAUCGAUUAAUAAAUUACACGGGAGACUUCCUUCAUCCAUUGGAAACUUGACCUAUCUUACUUACUUGGAUCUUCAUGAUAAUGCUAUUGAGGGUGGUAUUCCUAGUUCCAUUGAAGUUGCAAUUCUACCUGAGGAAGCAGGACCGAAGAGAGGGAGAGUACGAAGUCCGGUGAAUGGAGGAAGUAGGGGUUUGGAUUUGACUUUGGAAAUCCGGAGUUUUGGCGGAGAAGGAGGAGGAAAUGCGGUGAAGCGGACUAAUGAAGCUGAAGGAGAAGUAAUAGAAGGUAAGGCGGAGCGGAGAAAGGACGUGUUCCAGCGGCUGGUGGUAGGUAGCAGGGAGAUUGAGUGGCUAGCUGGAGAUUGA